UAGGAGAGGAAUAUGUUCACUUUUACUAGAGCAUGCUGCACACUUUUCCAAAGUGAGUGAAUCUCUCUACAUUUGAACAGCAGUGGAUGAGAGUUCCAGUUGCUCCAUAUUCUCACCAGGCUAUGCUCAUUUUGCAGAGAAGGCAGCUGAGGCUCAGAGAGGCUGCCUCCUGGUCAGUGAGGGACUGGUUCCUUCUGGCCAGAAAUCUACUGCCAUCUCUUCUCCCCUCAGCAUCCUGUCCCUGCUGUGCCCUCCCAGCCUGUUGUGGGGUGGGGUGGGACAUACAGGGUCACGUGGAGUUGGGUUCAGCAGGAGGAAGCCAGGCAGGGUGCAGACGGCUGCUGAGUCUAGGGCUGGUCAGGAAAUCGAGAAGACCCCUCACCAUGGACUCACUGUCACCCUGCCGGACCUUCCAACCCCAGCUGGCAGCCCCCACCACGCUGAGUUCCUACCGCUGGCACACAGGGAAUGGCAGUGAGAAGGGGGCUGGAGUGUCCCGCUGGGGUCGCUUCACGGGCUGGGGAAGGGCUUUGAGCCAGCCGGAGCCUGUGGUCAGCAACCAGCCAGCACCUCGCUCGCUGUUCCGUCGUGUCCUCUCUGUGCCCUCCAAGGAGCCGCGGACAAGCCGCCUUCGGCUAUCCAAGACCCUCUGGGGGAGGCAUAAGAGCCCACCGCUGGAGCCGGAGCCAGAGCCAGAGCCACAGCCCCCAGAGCCAGAGCUGGAGCCAGAACCAGAGCCUCCUGCCCCACAGAUCCCCGAGGCCCCUGCACCCGAUGUGCCUGUCUGGGACAUUGGGGGCUUCACCCUGUUUGAUGGAAGACUGGUGCUGCUUGGGGGUGAGGAGGAGUGUCUCCGACGGCCCCGGGUGGGGAGCGGGAGCUCUGAGACCAGCAUCCAGGUAGCCAUGGUGAACCUCAGGGAUCCAGAUCGAACCCUUGGAAGGACUGAACCAGAGGCUGCUGGUCCCAACCAGGUCCACAAUGUUCGGGGGUUACUCAAGAGGCUGAAAGAGAAAAAAAAGGCCAGGUCGGAGCUGGGAGCCAAUACUCCCAGGGAUGGGCCCCCCAGUGCUCUGGGCUCGCGGGAAUCGCUGGCCACACUCUCUGAGCUGGACCUGGGUGCCGAGCGGGACGUGAGGGUCUGGCCACUGCACCCAAGCCUGCUGGGGGAGCCCCACUGUUUCCAGGUGACAUGGGAGGGCGGGAGCCGCUGCUUCUUUUGCCGCUCAGCCGCGGAGAGGGACCGCUGGAUCGAGGAUCUUCGUCGCCACUUUCAGCCCAGCCAGGACAACGUGGAGCGGGAGGAGACGUGGCUGACCGUGUGGGUGCACGAGGCGAAGGGACUACCACGGGGGGCGGCCGGCGUGCGCGCCGAGCUGUGGCUGGACGGCUCACUGCUGGCACGCACGGCGCCGCGGACCGGUCCGGGCCCGCUCUUCUGGGCAGAGCGCUUCCACUUCCCGGCUCUACCGCGGGCCCGGGCACGGCGGUUGCGCGUGCUGCCGUCCGAGCGCUACAAGGAGCUGGCGGAGUUCCUCACCUUCCACUACGCGCGCCUCUGCGGGGCGCUGGAGUCUGCGCUGUCCGCGCAGGCCAAGGAGGAGCUGGCCGCCGCAAUGGUGCGCGUGCUGCGGGCCACCGGCCGGGCGCAGGCAUUGGUGACAGACCUGGGCACCGCAGAGCUGGCCCGCUGUGGAGGCCGCGAGGCGCUGCUGUUCCGGGAAAACACCCUGGCCACCAAAGCUAUCGAUGAGUACAUGAAGCUGGUGGCACAGGAUUACCUCCAGGAGACCCUAGGGCAGGUUGUGCGGCGUCUCUGUGCCUCCACUGAGGACUGCGAGGUGGACCCCAGCAAGUGUCGGUUGCCCGAGCUGCCCCAGCACCAGGUCAGACUGCGAGAAGGCUGUGAGGAUGUCUUCGAGAACAUCGUCCACUCCUAUGACUGGUUCCCAGCGGAGCUUGGCACCGUGUUCUCAGGCUGGCGGGAAGCAUGCAAAGCACGUGGCUCUGAGGCGCUGGGCUCAAGGCUGGUGUGUGCUUCCCUCUUCCUGCGACUUCUGUGCCCUGCCAUCCUGUCACCUAGCCUCUUUGGCCUGGCCCCAGAGCAUCCGGCGCCUGGCCCAGCCCGCACCCUCACGCUGAUCGCCAAGGUUAUCCAGAACCUUGCCAACCGUGCCCCGUUUGGUGAGAAGGAGGCCUACAUGGGCUUCAUGAAUAGCUUCCUGGAGGAUCGAGGACCAGCCAUGGCACACUUUCUGGACCAGGUGGCCACAGUUGAUGUGGACGCAGCACCCAGUAGUUACCAAGGCGGCAGCGACCUGGCCCACCAGCUGGCAGUCCUGCAUGCCCAGCUCUGCACCAUCUUUGCUGAGCUUGACCAGGCCACCCGGGACAGCCUGGAACCUCUGCCCACCAUCCUUCAAGCCAUCGAGGAGGGCCGGCCUGUGCCUGUGUCGGUGCCAAUGCGUCUCCCACCACCCCGGGCCCAAGUCCACACCAGCUUCUCUGCAGGGGAGAAGCCCGGCUUCCUGGCCCCCCGGGACCUCUGCAAGCACACCCCCCUUAUCUCCAAGAGCCAGUCCCUGCGCAGCGACCGCGGCGCGGGCGGUUGGGCCCAGCCGCGGCCAGAAGAGGAGCGGCCCCCACGGCGGCCCAGACCAGUGCAGCGCACGCAAAGCGUCCCUGCCGGCCGCCCCGCCCACCGCCGCCCGUCGGUAGGGCCCCGGCCGUGGCCCAAGGGAUCCCUGCGCACGGGUCCCACGCCCCGCAGCAGGCCCUGGACCGGGGUCUCCGCCUCUCUGCCUCGUAAGUCGUCGGUGCCCUGGCAGCGCCAGCUGGAUCAGCCGCGGGACGGGGAUCAGGCGCCGGGCAAGCACCGACCCCUGGGCAAGCUGGCCGAGCUGCAGCGCGAGGUGGCCGCUGUUCGCGAGGAGCAGAAAGAGCUGUCCAGCCUCGUGGAGGCGCUGGUCGCCCAGGUCCGGGCCAUGGAAGAGCAGCAGGAGUAUCUGCGGGGCCAGCUUCAGGACCUGAACGCCAGGCUUGGUGCUGGGACCUCGCAGCUGGAACCAGAGCGGGACCUUCCAAGCAGUGAGAGCCACAGGCUGAAGAGUUUGGAGCGCCGCCUGGCUGAGAUGGAGAGUACUCACGCUCAGCUGAGGGAUGCAGUCCAGAGCUUGCAGCUUCUACCCAGGACGCCGGGGUUCCGGAACCAGCCCCUGACCCUCGAAGCACCCUGCGCCAACGGAGACACCACCUGAGUUGCCCAUCCCGCCCCAUGUGGUCUGGGAGCAGAGAGAUGGCCAUCCGACGAAGGUGUCUGACCCUUGCAUCAACCCUGUGUGGCCUAGGGUGGGGAGUGGAGCUGCAGGCACCAACCAGUCUAGCACUAUGAGGUUGUCCAGUAAAAUCUUGAUUUCAGUAAAA